CGAGGUGGUAUUGUUGUGGUGCUGCUUGAACACGGUCGGUUAGAAAUGUGGUCGUGUAAAUAGAAAAAUACGUUUAAUAAGUAUGCCAGUUAAUACCCGUAUAUUCUCGUUUUGAAUCAAGUAGGAAUAUCUUAGAGGAGUAUCUUCUGAACUGAUCUGCUGCUGUGAAGAUGAUGUUUGUUAAAGAAGAGAGUGAGGAGAACAUGAGAGAACCAGAAACAAUAAAACGGGAGGAACCAGAACCCUGGAGGAUAAAACAGGAGGAACGAGGAGAGUUGACCGAAGAUAACGUGGAGAAAGAAGAAUCGAAUGAAGCCGAGAAAAGUGGAGAAAAACCCAAACAGAAAAAUGUAAAGAAAAGAAGGGUCGAGACGUCUUUCACCUGCGCUCAGUGCGGAAAGAGUUUCUGUAACAAAUAUCAUCUGGGGCUUCACAUGAGAAUCCACACGGGAGAGAAACCGUUCACGUGUGAUCAGUGCGGGAAGAGUUUCACCUACAAGUGCCAUCUCGAGGUUCACGCGAGAGUUCACACCGGAGAGAAACCGUACGCUUGUGAUCAGUGCGGCAAGAGUUUCACACGAGCAACGAACCUUAAGGAUCACAUGAACAUCCACACCGGAGAGAAGCGGCACGCUUGCGAUCAGUGCGGCAAAACGUUUCUGUGGGCUUCGGUCCUGAGCACGCACCUCAAGGUUCACACAAAGGAGAAGCCGCACUCGUGUCACUUGUGUGGAAAGAGUUUCGCGUUACUCAACGGUUUGAAAGUGCAUCAGAAAAUACACGCUGGUGUGAAAGACUACAUGUGCUUUGAAUGCGACAAGACCUUUACUAGAGCAAGCUGCUUAAAACUGCACGAGAGGAUCCACACCGGAGAGAAACCGUACAAGUGCUCGCAGUGCGGCAAGGAAUUCAGACAUUUGACAAAUAUGAAAAUACACGAGAGUACUCACACCGGAGAGAAACCUUAUAAGUGUCCGCACUGUGACAAGAGAUUCAGUCAGGCGACGCAUCUUAAGAAACACGGGAGCAUUCACACCGGUGAGAAACCUCACAAGUGUCCGCACUGUGACAAGAGAUUCAGACUGUUAGGAACCCUGAAAAUACACCAGAAGAUCCACGCCCGAGAGAAAGUAGGUUAGAUACAGCACUUCCUGAUCUAGAGAAAUCAUUCCUUGACAUCCAUUGAAAAGAAGCGUCUAGUUUUCGCUGUAAAUGAUGUUAAUCGUCGUCUUCAAAACUGGCAGCAUGGACUGCAUCAACUCAAAGAACGUGUUUCUGCUCAAAGAAACCCUGUUCGAUUAUUUCAUAUAAUAAGACUUUUAAGGCCUUUUUUGUAAUUAGUGACUAAAUUAGAGAUUAAAUGUUGCGCUUUAAAAUGUUAACCUUUUAUUUGAUUGAAUGUUAUCCUCUGGUUGUGUUCAGAUUCCUGUCACUAACCGAGUAGUUUACUGGAAGACUUAGAUGUUGUUCUUGUAAACAUGGAGCAAACAGGUAGGUAAAAAUGCGUAGAUGUUUUGUAUGUAUUUAUGGUCAAAAUGACUCCAAACAAUUGCUAAUAAAUUCAGAUGUAUUAUCACAAAAAGA